AUGCGUAUCGCCAUCACAGGCUGCAGCGGUAACGUCGGAAGCGUUGUCGUCCGCAACGCACUCGCGGCGGGCCACACCCUUCUCGGCCUCGACUUCACGGCGCGUCCGCAGAACGCACCGCAGGACAUUGACUACGUUGAGCUCGAUGUGCGCAACUUCGACGCUGUCCUGAGCGCUCUGAAAGACUUUCGAGCCGAGGGAGUCGUCCAUCUAGCGGCGCACCCGAAUCCGACGGAUUAUUUGGUCCAAACGCAUAACAAUAACGUGGUCAUGUCGUGGAACGUCCUUCGUGCAUGUGCCGAGCUGGGUAUCACGCGCGUUGCGUUGGCGUCGUCCGUGAACGUUCUUCCCGGGAAGUUCAGCAGCCAUUCGCACUUUGCGUACUUCCCCAUCGACGAGGCGCACCCCACUGAGCCUGAUGAGCCAUACGGACUCUCCAAGCUUAUCGCUGAGAUGCAAGCGACCACGAUCGUCCGGCGCUAUCCCACCAUACGCAUCGCUUCAUUCCGCAUCCACGCCUUUGUCUCGAGUAGGGACGAGCAAGAAAGCGACGAUCCAAAGCAGCUCGCAAGUGAUCUGUGGGGAUGGGUGCAGAAGGAUGCCGUGGCGGACGCGUUCUUGCGAUCGUUGACGGCGCCGGGGGACGCGUGGACGGGGCAUGAAGCGUUUUAUCUCGUCGCGCCGACUUCGGCGACUGCCGGUGCGGAUAUAGGCGAGCUUGUGAGGGAGUGCUAUCCGGAUGUGCUGUUCAAGGAUGGGUUCGUGUUGGAGGGUAGAGCGGGACUGUUUGAUUGUUCGAAGGCGGAGCGUGUACUGGGCUGGAAGCAUCCAGUAUAG